AUGAACUUGCAACCACUGAAGACCCCCACCCCUCCUCGGUCUGCAAAGCACAGGGUAGGUUGGGCAAGGGAACUUCCUCUACUGCCCCAUUCACUUUCUCUCCCCAUCCCCACCUUGCUUUCAGAAAAGAAGGAUGUUCUAUGUAUACUUGGUGAAGCCAGAUCAGAUCCAGAACUAGAUCCAAUCCUAGGUCUGGUUCAGAUGAACCCAAGGAACACUCUUUGGUGCCCGGAGGAGGGAGACUGCAUUCCUUGCGUGCAAGUGACGCUAACUCUUGGAUUACUGGAGCCAGCUGCAUUGGGUGCAAAACAAGAUGGAGGAGCCAGCAAGAUCGGCGAACAGCCCAAGGGACACCCUAAGAAAAUCCUGCGAACACACGUUUUCCUCAUGGCCCAGACCUAUUCUUCUUCUCGUUGUGUUGAAGUGGAGGUUUGGCUUCCUGACGAUCGGGAAAGUCAAAAUAAUUCCCUGGGAUCUCUGCAGUACAACUGCUUCCCAGUAGCUCUCAGCGGGGAGCUGAAUCUUACAGUCUUCAUGCAGCCUCGCUAUCAUUCUGCAGGUGUGUUACAAGCAACACAACGUGGACCAGACUGUACCUGGCCCAAAGCCACAGAGGCCAUUCGCCUGUGUCAAGUGCCACGUUUAGACAUUUCUGUGGGACUACGGUCGGCAAUUCUACAUGUGCAAAACACCCCUAAAGGACAGCACUUCAAACUGUGGCCGUAUCUGAAUCGGACAGACGGAUUUAAAGGUCUUGAUCAGGAGACUCCCAAGUUGCUAACUGGAUCGGAGAAUGUGAGCUUGCCAAUCUCGCAGGUGUUCCCUUGUCUCUGCUUUCAGGUCUGGCCCAAGAUUGAAGACCAAGCUGACACACCUCGAACUCAUUUCUGUCCCUUUGCAAAUGACCCAGCUGCUUUGGCCAGGGCCUGGGCCCACAGCCGCUUGGAAGUCCACACUUCCGGUGGAAGUUUGAGCUGCUUGGUUUCUGCUCCGUGUGACCUUCAAGGAGAGUUGGUUCCCUGCUGGCAGAUGGAAGAGCUCACCUGCCACCCUUUGCAUCCCCAUCUGCAUCUGGCCCUCCUUCCACAUGAACCACAGGAAUUCCCAAGACUGCGAUCUCAUCCCAACCUCUGUGUGCAGGUAAGAAGGAAUGGAAGUACCUACCUCCAAAGCUGCCUGCAGGAUGAUGUCACAGGAGGUCAGCGAUACUUACUGUUUCGGGAGACUCAGGAUUCUCAGGGGAAUUCCGUAGUGCAAAUUAUGGAGCAAGGCACCUGGGUGUCCACUGCUCAGAUCUCCAACACAAGAAGCAAAAGACUGGAGGAAGACCUGAGGAACAGUAUGGAGUUAGGAAAGUGCAUGCAGGUGUGGCAAGAAGACGGGACCAAUGCUACUAUACUCUGGGCAUGUUCAGUGGAGCACUAUCACCGGACCUACUGGGUGCUGAUCUGGUUGGUUACUCUCCUAGGUAGCUGCUCUGUUCUGCUCAUUGUCCUGUUCAAGAAAGAAUUGGUAAAAGGCUGGUUCAAAAUCCUGAAAGAAGAUUACAGUUCCAGAGGAACGCUUCAGGGGCGACGUAUCCUCCUCCUCUACUCUCCAGAUCAUGAAGGCUAUGAGCGUGUGGUGGGCACCCUGGCAGAUGCACUGACUCAGCUGCAGCUAUCUGUAUCUCUGGAGUUGUGGAGCCGUGGGGAGUUGGGGUCCCUGGGGCCCAUGCAGUGGUUCCACGCACAGCGGCGCCUGGUGCUUCAAGAAGGUGGAGUUAUUGUGCUGCUCUUUUCCCAUGGUGCCAUGGCCAGUUGUGCAGAAUGGCUGGGCUGGGUACAGGAAGACCCUUGGCUCACCUUCAAAGCAAACGGCGUAUUCUCGGCUUCCCUCAACUGUGUCCUGCCUGAUUUCCUGGCUGGUGAGGCCAGGGCCACAUACCUGGUUGGCUGCUUCGAGAAGCUCCUUCCAAUCGACGAGAUCCCUGACCUCUUCUGUUCAGUGCCUGCCUAUCCUCUGCCCUCUCAGCUCUUUAGCUUCCUGCUGGCCCUGGCUGGCCCCAAGGUAGGACACAAACAGAAGAACAGCCUCAGGAAAUAUGCAGAGUGUAUCCGCAAGAGCCUGGAACAGGCAGUGCAUGAAUGCCAGCAAAAGUACCCCAGCUAGUAGAGCCUGUAAUUGCUGCCUUCCCA